CAAACCUUUUCUUUUCGACAGUUUUAAGAGAAGAAAUGGCAGUAGCAAGGAUGAACGUCAACUGUUCGAUACAAAGCAGCCUCUCGUGUAUAUUAAAGCCAUCAUCUUUCUUCAGUUUCAGAACUGCCCAUUUCAAGAAUCGUCUCUAUCUCCCUCAAAACAACUUCGUUUCCCCAAAAAGAUCAUUGCUGUGUACCUGCUCAAGCAAUAGCAACCAGGCUAAUGCUUCCCAAACUGGAGAGAAAGCUGAAGCUUUUGUUAUCACCACUCCUCUUUAUUAUGUGAAUGCCCCUCCUCAUAUGGGUAGUGCCUACACUACUAUUGCUGCUGAUGCCAUUGCCAGGUUUCAGAGGCUUUCAGGAAAGAAAGUCAUAUUUAAUACCGGAACGGAUGAGCAUGGUGAGAAGAUAGCUACAGCGGCAUCCGCUGCUGGCUCCAGCCCAAGAGAGCAUUGUGAUGUUAUAUCUCAAGCUUAUAAAAUGUUGUGGAAAGAUUUAGAUAUAGCUUAUGACAAAUUCAUCCGUACGACUGAUCCAAAACAUGAAGCAAUUGUCAAGGAGUUCUAUUCUAGAGUUCUUGCCAAUGAUGACAUUUACCGGGCUGACUAUGAGGGUCUGUAUUGUGUCAAUUGCGAGGAGUAUAAGGAUGAAAAAGAGCUGCUCGAAAACAAUUGUUGCCCUACACACCUAAAGCCAUGUGUUCCUCGCAAAGAGGAUAAUUAUUUCUUUGCAUUGUCCAAAUACCAAAAAUCGUUGGAAGAAAUUUUGGCACAAAACCCAGAUUUUGUCCAGCCUUCAUACCGAUUGAACGAGGUGCAAAGUUGGAUAAAAAAUGGCUUAAGAGACUUUUCAAUUUCCCGAGCAGCUGUGGAUUGGGGUAUUCCGGUUCCCAACGACAAUAAGCAAACUAUAUAUGUUUGGUUUGAUGCACUCCUUGGCUAUAUAUCGGCUCUGUUGGAGGAUAAGGAUCAACCUAACUUACAAACCGCUGUUUCUUUGGGUUGGCCUGCCUCGUUGCACUUGAUUGGAAAGGAUAUUUUACGUUUUCAUGCUGUUUACUGGCCAGCUAUGCUGUUGUCUGCUGGGUUGAGUCUCCCUAAGAUGGUGUUCUGCCAUGGUUUCUUGACAAAGGAUGGCUUGAAGAUGGGGAAGUCGCUAGGGAAUACGAUUGAACCAAAUGAAUUAGUGCAUAAAUUUGGUGCUGACGCAGUCCGGUACUUCUUCCUGAGGGAGGUAGAGUUCGGAAAUGAUGGGGACUAUUCCGAAGAUCGUUUCAUUAAUAUUGUCAAUGCACAUCUUGCCAACACAAUAGGAAAUCUUCUCAACCGCACUCUUGGACUUCUUAAGAAGAACUGCCAGUCGACUCUAGUGGUUGAUUCAACUAUUGCAGCCGAAGGAAAGGAAUUUAAGGAUACCGUUGAGAAGCUGGUCGAAAAAGCUCGUUUCCAUUACGAAAAUCUGUCCCUUUCAUCAGCUUGUGAAGCUGUGCUAGAGAUUGGCAAUGCUGGAAACUUGUACAUGGAUAAGCAUCAACCAUGGUCUCUUUUUAAGCAAGGAGGCGACGCUGCUGAAGCUGCCGCAAAGGAUCUUGUGAUCAUACUCGAAACAAUGAGGAUUAUAGCGAUUGCUCUGUCACCGGUCGCGCCUAACUUAUGCAGGCGGAUACAUUCACAGCUUGGCUACUCCGAGGACCAGCUUGAUAACCUAAACUGGAGUGAAACAAAGUGGGGUGGACUAAAGGGUGGUCAAGUGAUGGCUCAUCCUCAGCCAGUCUUUGCAAGAAUUGAACAAAUAAAGGAGGAUGACAAUGACGGGGCUGAAUCGCCUAAGAAGGCUGUGAAAAAGAAAGACAAAAAGAAAAAGGUUCAAGGGGUGAUAGAAGCCUAGGGUUUCCGAUUUCGAAGGAUUCUUUGCCUCUUUAUCUCAUUCGGUCUUUAGUCCGUGUUGGAUGUAAGUACUUAUCCGGCACGGCUGUAUUCAUUUCUUUCUGUGAUUUUUCCAUAGAUUUAGAGGGUCUUCGGAGGAUCAUGUAUUU